GAAAGGCCCUAUAUACUAGGAACUGCAUCUUACAAAGUUAAUAUUGAUUUAUGUCAAGGAAAAAAAUCGUAUGAAAGAAGACAUUUCAGCAGCUCAUACCUCUGGAAUAACAUUUGAACAAUGAGCACUAUCUUCUUUAAUAAUACGAUUAAUGAGCUCCGUCUGGAGGGAAAGCUGUGCGAUGCUGUGAUCACAGUCGAUGACGUUGAGUUUAAAGUCCACAGGAUCAUCCUCUGCAACUGCGGCUCAUACUUCAGAGAUAUUUUCCUCAGCAAAUCAUCAACAUCAGGGCAGCAGGUCUACAGUUUUUCCCAGGUGUCACCCAAUAUAAUGAAUCUCAUUGUGGAAUACGCCUACACCGGCUCUGUUGUGGUGACGGAGGAGAAUGUGCUGGAGCUGUUGGCGGGAGCAGACUACUUCAGCGUCAAGGGCAUCAUGCAGGCCUGCUGCAACUUCGUGGAGCAGCAUCUUAGUUUCAAGAACUGCGUCCACAUGUGGAUGCUGGCGGACAUCCACAAAUGUCCUGAGCUGAGGCAAAAGGCCUACCUUCACAUGCUGCAUCACUUUAAGGAAGUCACAGUGUUCUCUCUGAAGUUCCUGCAGCUUUCUGUGGAGCAGCUGGCCGAUUUAAUUAAGAAGGACGAGCUCAAUGCGAGACAGGAGAGCACCGUGUUUGAGGCUGUCCUCCGUUGGAUUGAAUACGCUCCUGAGGAACGCAGAUGUCACAUGGCCACCCUGCUGAGCAAGGUGCGCCUGCUGCUAAUGUCCAGUGAGUACUUGAUGGACAGAGUGAGCACAAAUGCUCUUGUGACUAAGAGUCCGCUGUGCACGAAAAUGGUGAUUCAAGCUAUGAAGACCCUUCGUGAGUCCAAUACAAACCAACCUCUGACGCGCACACGCCUGCCCUCUGCUGUGCUAUUUGCUAUUGGCGGUUGGGCGAAUGAUUGUCCAACCAACAGGAUCGAAUUAUACAAUGUUCGGGCUGACCGCUGGGUGAAAGUGCACAAUGAGGAGGCUCCUCGAGCAUUCUACGGCUGCGUCUGCCUCAAUGGAUUUGUCUACUGUAUCGGAGGCUAUGAUGGUCUAAAAUAUUUAAGCAGUGUACGAAAGCUCAACCUCGUCACUCAAACCUGGCAAGACGUGGGGCCGAUGCACGCAGUCCGAUGCUACGUCAGCGUGGUGGCACUGAAUGGCUGCAUAUAUGCCAUGGGAGGCUGUGAUGGAGAUGAGAAACUCAAAACUGCAGAGCGAUACCAGCCUGACAUUAGCCAGUGGACUCUGAUCGCACCAAUGAACGAGAAGAGGAGCAAUGCCGGCACGGCAACACUACACGGCAAGGUGUACAUUUGCGGUGGUUUCAAAAGGACUGAACCUCUGUCAAGUGCUGAGUGCUACAACCCUGACACCAACCAGUGGACGUUAAUCGCCUCCAUGGAAAUAGGGUGUAAUGCAGCACGGGCCGCCGCCUACAAAGACCGAAUAUAUGUAAUUGGUGGCUACAGAAAUAGCUCGCAUGUGAGCAGAGUCAUUGCCUAUGACCCACUGUCAAACCAGUGGAGCAUGGUGAAUCCCAUGAUUCACGCUCGCAGCAGCUUUGGCAUUGCAGUGUUGGAGGACCAGCUGUACGUGGCUGGAGGGUUCGACAAUCACGGCACCCUCUCUAAGGUGGAGCGCUUUGAUGAAGAGGUCAACAGGUGGCACAUUGUCCGGGACAUGAAGAUGUCCCGCAGCGGCCUCAGCUGCUGUGUGGUGGAUCGAUACCCCUGCGCUACUGCGUAUCUAUAAUUACAAUCAACUAGCAUUUAAUAGUUGAUUUAUAUUUUGUAUUAAUCUGAAUCUUUAAAGUAACUAAAGCUGUCAAAUAAAUAUCAGUGGAGUAAAAAGUGCAACAUUUGCUUCUGAGAGUGGAGUAGAAGGGAAAUAGCUUCUGCUUUAAUGAACACAACAGACUGGGACCAGGAGCAAUAGCAGGGGCAGAGCCAAAUGUUGUACAUAUUUAGGGCUCAGCCCAAAUCUAUGGGGGUCCUGGGGCAUUUACGGCACCUAUUUGCACUAUUUUUCAAGACAUAUGAUAAGAGAAUGCCUAAAAAUCU